CGUUGCAGUAGAGGCGGAAGUUGAAGCCGAUAAAUGUUCGCGCGGUCAUCGGCGUUCAUCUGCAGGGUUUGCAGGAUUGGUUUUUUUCAAUGUUUUGUCUUCUACUCAUUGAACCAUUGCAUUGUGUUAUGGUGGCUAACUAAAGAGUGCGAAGGAAGUUUUAAGAAAUUAUCGAGAAUUAUCUGCGAGCUGAACGAUAUAAGAAGAACGUGUCCAGGAAACACAAAAUAAUCUGUCAGCUAAGCAAAGAGAUAAGCAAAACGGCAAAAGUCAGCACCGAAUCAAGUCAUUGAAAGCGAUGGAACAACAGCGAAAUGAAGCUAACGAGGACGCUAGUAGUUUAUGCGGAAACCGCGGUCGCCUGUUCUACGUACGAGGAUCCCGUCCUGAUGUGUUUGACUUUAAUAACUACAUGCAACAACAGCAAGGAGACAAAGAGGAAUGCGAGUUGGAUUUACGCAUCAAUCAACAAAAAAGAAAUAAUGAAUCAGUUUCACAAAAAGUUGUUAGUGUAAAGCCGCGCAAAGGGAGAGGAAAAAGUAGUAAAACAAACGAUAACGCAGCCAAAAAGCAACAAGAAAUGGUCCGGUUAAAAAAAUCACCUCUGGAAGAAAUUCCACAGUUAAAGACCCCUGCCAAAAAACAACGAAGUAUAAGCUGCACACCCUCCAGCCGACACACAGGGCUGCCCCAGCUAGAUAGUCGUCACCGUCGCUCAAAAAGUUAUAUCUCCAUACGGGGGCUGGAACAUCGAAUCAGCGCAGUAGUUGAAAGUGCUCUCAACGAGCGAAUGGAGAUAUUCACUGCAGCCCAAGAGGCCAACUUACGCAAAUUGAUUCAAGUCGCAAGGCAUGUUGAAUUUUCGAAUACAGACAAAAAUUUCAGCAACAUUAAUAGAGUUCAGGGGCACCCGCUGUUGUCGCAUGGGAUAUUAAAGACUCAAGCCAACUGCAAUAUAUAUUUAAUGCACGCCUAUGUUCUGUGGAUAGCAAAGGAACUAAUGAAACCACGCACUUUUCUAAUUACAGUUCUGGGAAUCAUAUUUUUAGCUAUGGCGCUGUGGAUGCACCGAAUGGGUAUGCCGAAAAGACGCAUUCGUAACGCGUUUCGAGCCCUAUUCGACGAAUAUCCAAAGUCGACUCUAAGUUGGUUUGGUUGGAUAUAUUGGCAGGAUUCCAACUAAGUCGACAAGUUCAUUCUUCAAAAUUAAUUUGAUGGUUCUUUAUUUCGUUCAUAUUCUAUUUAACCUUUUGUUAAGGGUUUUAGCUGUAACGCAAGACACUAAAAUCAAACCCUUACUCAUUAAUAUAUUGACGCUGCUGCAUAUAUUCAAAAUGAAAAGUUCACCCAACUGCUUCUAUAAGGCCACUCUCAAAUUGCCAUGAUGUAACCGUGCAUUCCAAAUUUUAGUACAACUUUAAUAAUUAAAAACAAUUCGACCAAUAA